AGAGGGAGAUUGCACGAUUAGCAUUCCAUAGCUAAAUGACAAGAGGAGGAUCACGAGAUUUGUCCAUCAAAAACAGCAGAAAUGUCAAGUAAUCAGUCUGAUUAUGGCCCCCUUCCACAGGCAAUUGGAAGAGCCCUUAGUGAUAAGAUGUACGAGAAAAGGAAGGGAGCUGCAUUGGAUAUUGAAAAGCUUGUUCGUGAUCUAGCAGCAAAAGGAGACAAAGAUCAGAUCUACAAACUGACAGCUGUCCUGGGUUCUGAUUUUGCCCUCUCGCCAAACACAAGCCUCAAGAGAGGUGGCCUUAUCGGUCUUGCUGCAACGGCCACUGGACUUGGAAAGGAGUCUUCAGGGUAUGUAUCUGAACUGAUCAGACCUGUCCUGCCAUGUUUCAAAGAUCCAGAUAGCAGGACUCGCUACUUGGCUUGUGAGGCACUCUACAACAUAGCCAAAGUCACCAGGAAUGCUAUCCUUAAGCAUUUCAAUGAUGUCUUCAAUGUCCUCUUCGUGCUUGCAGCAGAUCCAGAUAUAAAUGUUAAGAAUGGUUCAGAGCUGUUGGAUAGACUCUUGAAGGACAUUGUGACUGGUAGCCCAAACUUUGAUCUGAAUGCAUUUAUCAACUUAUUGCGAGAGAGAAUCUACACUCAAAAUUCCUUUGUGGGUCAGUUCAUUCUCUCAUGGGUCACGACGUUGGACUCUGUGCCAGACAUCAACAUGCUCGUCUACCUGCCAGAGAUCCUGGAUGGCCUCUUCCAUAUUCUCAGCGAUCAAAACAAGGAAGUCAGAAAAAUGUGUGAGUUUUGUCUAGAUGAGUUUCUGAAAGGCAUCCGCAAGAAUCCAAGCAGUGCAGACUUUCCAAACAUGGUGAACAUCCUAACCACACAUACAACAUCCCAAGUUGAAUUGAUACAGCUUACAGCAAUGACGUGGAUCAGAGAAUUCUUGAACCUGGCUGGAAGGUCCUUGCUUCAUUUCAUGUCAGCGUUACUCAGUGCCGCACUUCCUUGCCUCGCGUACGAAGACCAAAAAAGAAAGAGCAUCAAAGAAGUUGCUACAUCGGUGAAUCAGAGUUUGAUGAGACUGGUAACACAGAGUGACGAUGAUGAUACCAACCAACCUCCAGUCUCAAACACUCCAGAAAAAACUGAUCUAACCCAUAUAACUCUUCCAGUCAAGCUGAAGCUCGCUCCCAUAGUCCAGGUCCUGACCCGGUACCUAGGUCACAAGUCAAUACAGACCAGGAUAGCGGUCUUACAAUGGAUCUACCAUCUACAUAUCAAGACACCAAAGAAGAUAUUCUAUCAUGUUGAACAACUCUUCCCAGUCAUUUUGAAGACUCUCUCAGAUCCAUCAGAUGAGGUUGUUCUCCGUGACCUCGAGGUCCUAGCCGAGAUAGUAUCUUCGUCGGCUGGUCCAGACUUUGUUGCCGACCAGCAAGAGACCAAUCAGAUCGCUCCGUCUGCGGCAUCUAACGCAUCCUUCAGGGCAGUGACAGGUACAAACAAGUACUUCACAGACUUCAUGGUGAAGCUUCUGAGCCUCUUCUCGACCGAUCCUCAACUCCUGGAGGAUAGAGGGUCCUUUAUCAUCAGACAGCUGUGCCUGUUGUUGAAUGCAGAACACAUCUACCAGGCUCUAUCUAAGAUUCUUUUGGAUUCACCCGACAUGAAGUUUGCUACUACCAUGGUCCAGACAUUAAACACUAUUCUACUCACAUCCACCGAGCUGUUUGAUCUUCGCAAUAAACUCAAGGAUCUCAGAACAGAGGCCAGUUGCAGUUUGUUUUGCUGUCUCUACAAGUCUUGGUGUCACAGCCCAGUUGCAACGGUCUCGCUUUGCCUCCUCACUCAAAACUACAAACAUUCCUGCGAUCUUAUAUACCAAUUCGGUGAUUUGGAGGUCACGGUUGACUUUCUCACAGAGAUUGACAAAUUAGUACAGCUUAUUGAGUCACCUAUAUUCACAUAUCUGCGUCUUCAGCUGUUGGAUGCCGAGCAUAACCCCUAUCUUCUGAAGAGCCUGUACGGUCUUCUCAUGCUGCUCCCCCAGAGCACCGCUUUCAACAUCCUCCACCAUCGCCUUACAUGUGUACCUAACCUGCAGUACCUGUCUGGCACAGGGGGAGCCCCCAAGAAACUCUUCUUACCGGGCCACAAGGCUGCUGUUGGUCCAAGUAAGGGUGAAUCGUCUCACAAGAAGAACAUCAACUGGACCCAGAUGCUAGAGCACUUUCAUCAGAUCCAGGAAGAACACAGUAAAGCUAAGAGAUCCAGACACCAACCCCUGGAGAAUCUGGCCUCCGGGCGAACCUGAGACCGGAGAUUUCCAAUCUUGAUGAUGCCUGCCUGCCUGCUGUUAGGACAUUCAGCUUUAUCUGUUGCUCCAAACUCAGGAGGGGGAAAUGGCAACUUUGGGGGAUGCCAGAAGCCGUUGACAAUGAGUCGUUGUCAGGGAUUUUUGUCAAAUACCAUUGUAAAUGAUUUUAUCUUACCUCAAUGUCAAUGAUUUUGUCAGAAGGCACUGUCAAUGAUAUUAAUUGUCUUAAGCUACUAUCAAUGAUCGCUAUUAAUCUACAUUUGCCGUUCUGGCCCCAGGUGAGGUAAAUGGGUACGUGGAACGGAAUUAUCUCCUUAAAAUAUUUGAGCGAAAUAAUGGCAGCCAUCCUGAACCCAUGUUUAAUUGUGGAGUGCCCAGGAUGUAAAGUCUAACAGACAUGAACGCUAUACAAGAACCCACUAUGAUUAGUAUUGUUAUUGCCAUUGAUUUUUUAAAGCCUUUGUCAAUGUUUACGUCAUAAGCCAUUGUAUUAAAACGAUGUCGUGUUCUUUAUUUUCUAAUUCACAAUCUUCAAACGAACAGUAAUUAUUUUCCAUCGCGCUUUCACCCACCUGCUGAAGAAAACAUAUAAAACACUUUCCAAACACUUAGGGUAGCACCGCUCAUCUAGGACGGCUGCGGACAUCUCCGUCAUGUCCGAUGGAAAAUGUCACUCCGUUAGCAGUGGUGUAAAUCAAAAAGGGGAAUCCCCAAACUGAGAAGAAAACAUGUAAUUAUCUCUGCUUCUCAGUCAUGACUACAUCAAGGCAUCUUGGAGGAAUAGUCCUCAGGGUUUGGGCGAAAGGGAUGAUGUGCCUUGGCAUGGAUAGCCCCUUUGGUAUGUUUUUUUAAGAGAAAUCAUACAAUGCCAAAUAAAUGCUGCGAAUCAUCAACAUCAUCAUGGAAAUAAUGAUGAGUAUAAUAAGAGUAUCAUAACUCAUCUUAGAAUUCUACAUUUAUUGAAGAACAUCAAGUGUAAUAUUUAAGAUUCUGUUUUUUUUUUUAACAAGCCUGUAGAUAUGGGAAUUUUGAUAUUGUGAUAUGAAACUGGCCGAGAAUCAUAAUACGGAUUCACUUUGCAUAGAUACUUAUCUUUAUUUGGGGAUGUAGGGUAAUCAUGGACUAUGUACUGUACCAAAGAAACACACUCCACUCCUUGUUUUCUCCUCCCAUUUCUCUUUA